CUAACCCCUCUAAAUAAACCCCAUUCAAGAUUCAACUUCCUUUGUUCUUUCUUGUUCGGCCCACCAACCAAUUUUCAAUUCUUUUUCCCCAACUUUCAAAUCUCACUAACCCACCCACUAUUUUGCUCUUCUCCUUCGAAAUCAAAGCUUACCCAGAUUGAGCUGAAUAUUAGUUUUAUUCGGAUCUGUUUUUCUGGGCAAAAGGGCUGUUUUCUUUUUCACGAUUUGUUGAACAAAAUCAAAUCGAAUGGGUAAUGAAGGAAAAGUGUUAACUUUGGCCGAUGUUUCUGAACACAACUCUUCUAAAGAUUGCUGGCUUGUUAUCAGUGGAAAGGUAUAUGACGUGACCAAGUUUUUGGAAGACCAUCCUGGUGGCGAUGAGGUGCUGUUGUCUGCCACAGGAAAAGAUGCAACGGAUGAUUUUGAGGAUGUGGGUCACAGCAGCACUGCUAGAGCUAUGAUGGACGAGAUGUACGUUGGUGACAUUGAUACUGCUACUAUCCCAUCCAAGGUUAAAUACACACCACCAAAACAACCACAGUACAACCACGACAAGACUCCAGAGUUCGUAAUCAAGAUCCUUCAGUUCCUAGUCCCCCUCUUAAUUUUGGGUUUCGCUGUUGCCAUGCGCUAUUACACCAAGCAAUCAUCCGAAUAAACUAUAAGGCGUACUCCUUCUGAGAAAACAAAGAUGAUCUUCUAUAAGAAAGUAGUAUAUAUGGAUAAUGGAGCCACUUCCUACCAAUUAACAAAUGUCUCUUCACAGAGAUUAGCAGGAUAUGUACUUUAAUUUCUUCAGCUUCUUAUUUUGUGUUUCUCAUCUCCUUUCCUUCCCCCCUUUCCCCCAAUUUUUCUGUGUGAUUUGAAAGUAUAAGUAAUUUGUAUUCCGGAAUCUAUUACCACACCGUCUGAGCUAUAAACUUCAGGUCCUUGGAAACAUCAA